AGUUUGGUCAUCAAUCAAAAGUAUUAGUUUUGGGCGUUACAUGCUAAUUGAUUGAUAUUCUCACUCAUUUUCUUUCAAUAUUUUAAAUUAGUGGGAACUGAACACGUUACGUUUUAGGCUUUGGAUCCACUUUACCAAACCUGUCCAUGGUCUAUGAGGCUUUAUCUUUAUAUUCUUUUUUUUUUGGUGCAAAUUUUAAAAUUUAUACCAAGUUUUUCUUUAUUGUCUCUGUAUUGCGGUUUUUUUUUCCGGGUUAUUUAUUACUCUCUGCUCUUCCUAUAGCUUCAUCCUUUUUUUUUUCCUGACAAGAAGGUAGAGAAUAUGUUUCCUGACAGCUCAAAGCGGGAAGAAGUUGUUACUGUUGAUGUGAGCCAAGCCAAGAUUCUCCUCCAGUCCGACCAUCAAUAUCUUGAUGUUAGUACUUGCACAUGCAGGACUGAGGAAGAGUUUCGGAGAGGCCAUUGUUUUGUUCCUAAGAUCCUCAACGUUCCCUACAUGCUCAACUCGCCUCAAGGAAGAGUGAAGAAUCAAGACUUCUUGGAUCAAGUGUCUUCUCUUCUCAACCCAACAUAUGAUAUCCUUGUGGGUUGUCAGAGUGGAGCCAGAUCCUUAAAUGCAACAACUGAACUUGUUGCUGCUGGUUUCAAGAAAGUGAGAAACGUAGGAGGUGGCUAUCUGGCUUGGGUGGACCACAACUUUCCCAUCAUUAAAGAGCAGCAGCAAUCUGCAAACUAAGAGAUGCAUGCAUGCACCCUCUUUAAAUUUCCUUUUAAUAUAAUGCAAACUGUGAUGGAAUAAUAGCUAUCUCUCUCUCUGUAUUUAGAAUCUGCAGUGUGUUGUGUUAUUAAGAAAAGAAAAGAAGAAUUUGCAGUGUGUUGUUGUAUUAAAUAAUACAGUGUUUACAUAAUUUUCUUCGUAAGCAUUGUCGCUCAGAUGAGUUUCCUAUUGAAGUUUCCAAUGAA